AAGGUUAAAAUGAAUAGAAAUAAGAGUUUUAAACGUUUUUUUAUCAUCUCUGUGAUAUUAUACACUGAUGUCCAGACUGUGCUUUUAUGCUAAGGAACAACUUGUGACGAUAUGCGGUUCAGUGCUUGACUACGAACGUUUCAUUACCCCUCUGUAAUCCAGUAAAACCACAGCCAUGGGAAAGGAGAAGCUGCAUAUCAACAUCGUGGUCAUCGGCCAUGUGGACUCGGGCAAGUCCACCACCACCGGUCACCUCAUCUACAAGUGUGGAGGAAUCGAUAAGAGGACCAUCGAGAAGUUCGAGAAGGAGGCAGCUGAGAUGGGUAAAGGUUCCUUUAAGUAUGCGUGGGUUCUGGAUAAGCUGAAGGCUGAGCGGGAGAGGGGCAUCACUAUCGAUAUCUCCCUCUGGAAGUUCGAGACCAGCAAGUACUACGUCACCAUCAUCGACGCUCCUGGACACAGAGACUUCAUCAAGAACAUGAUCACUGGCACCUCCCAGGCAGACUGUGCCGUGCUGAUCGUAGCAGCCGGCGUCGGUGAGUUUGAAGCUGGAAUCUCGAAGAACGGCCAGACCCGGGAGCACGCACUGCUGGCGUACACUCUAGGCGUCAAGCAGCUGAUCGUGGGCGUGAACAAGAUGGACUCCACCGAACCCAACUACAGCCAGAAGCGCUACGAGGAGAUCGUGAAGGAAGUCAGCACCUACAUCAAGAAGAUCGGCUACAACCCCGAGACCGUGGCCUUCGUGCCCAUCUCAGGCUGGAACGGAGACAACAUGCUGGAGGCUAGCCCUAAUAUGACCUGGUUUAAGGGCUGGAAGAUAAAUCGUAAGGAUGGCAGCGUCUCCGGGACCACUCUGCUGGAAGCUCUCGAUGCCAUUCAGCCUCCAACUCGCCCCACUGACAAACCCCUCCGCCUGCCGCUGCAGGACGUGUACAAGAUCGGAGGAAUCGGAACCGUCCCCGUUGGCCGUGUUGAGACCGGUAUCCUCAAACCUGGCCUGGUGGUGACUUUCGCCCCUGUGAACGUGACCACUGAGGUGAAAUCUGUGGAGAUGCAUCACGAGGCCCUGUCUGAGGCGUUGCCUGGCGACAACGUGGGAUUCAACGUGAAAAAUGUCUCGGUUAAGGACAUUCGCCGUGGAAACGUUGCGGGAGACAGCAAGAACGACCCUCCCCAAGAGGCGGCCACCUUCACUGCUCAGGUGAUCAUCCUGAAUCACCCUGGUCAGAUCAGUGCAGGAUACGCUCCUGUGCUGGACUGUCACACGGCUCACAUCGCCUGUAAGUUCGCCGAGCUGAAGGAGAAGAUCGACCGUCGCUCGGGGAAGAAGCUGGAGGACAAUCCCAAAUCUCUGAAGUCCGGAGAUGCUGCCAUCGUGGACAUGAUCCCAGGAAAGCCCAUGUGUGUGGAGAGCUUCUCCGAGUACCCUCCACUCGGGCGCUUUGCGGUGCGCGACAUGCGUCAGACGGUGGCGGUGGGCGUGAUCAAAGGCGUGGAGAAGAAGACGCCCACCUCGGGGAAGAUCACCAAGUCCGCCCAGAAGGCCCAGAAGAACAAAUGAAUGUUGUGCAGGGCUGCGACCUCUCAAGCCAGCCACAGCAGAACCCACGUCGCCCAUCCGCUCCUUAGCUCCAUAGUCAAAGCCUGGCUAAUUAUCACAAUGCAUCGCAAGAGUAGACGGAGGAAAAAAACUCAAAUCUAAUAUCGUACUGCUCUGACAAUGAUGAUCUAAUCUGAUCUACUGUUCCACUGUAUUUCUGUUCAGCGGUUUGUAGUUUCCAGUCUCGUUAAAUCUCGAUGCUGUUGUUGUUGUGUUUGUGUUCUUUACUGGAUGGAUAUCAGCACCUUAUUCUGUAGGGUUUAGAGGUAAAUCUUCCCUGCUUCAUGUGCAAUAGUCUGAGCCUCACCCGCAAUCCCAUUAGCCAUGUAGCUUCCAUCGCUAAUAUAGCUUAGCCUGCAACAGCUAGCAAAACUAGCGAAACUAGCAAAACUACUAGACUUCUCUGCUUGUUGUGGUAGAUGUGAGUCUUUCCUUGUGACGUAGCUUUAAUUCAACCCAACAUAGUGUCCUCUUCUGGCUGCAUGCAUGAAGCAUGAAGCUAUGCUAAGCUAGGCUAGGCUAGGCUAGGCUAGCUAGCGCACUUUACUGAGACUCAGUACCUACCCCCCUCCCUUUCUCCUCUAUUAGCACUUUCUGUGAGCAUGAGCUAUAAAUAUUUGCACUCUCUUUGCAAUCAUGCACCUUAACAUAUACCUAUUGCACACACGAUGCUCAUGUAACACAACGCUUCAAAACCAACAAUAAAGAACAUCUUAACGCUA